AUGAAGAGUUGCGACCAAUUGGGUGACCAAAAUUGUCACCAAUUGGUCAACGAUUUGCUUCAAAAGUUCUCACUUCAGGACCUGAUUGUUAUGUCAGAAAAAGUGAAGACAGACCUUUCGUGUGACGACCAGACAGUGUUUUCCAUCACAUCCUUAGAUCACUUAAAGCUCACAAAUUUUGCCCAAGAAAUGGAUGCCAUUGAUAGCGACACCGGAAGCGCUAUUGAAAUGAAUGGCGCGAAACGGACGAAGAGUUUAUGCGUCGAUGAAAUGGACACUAAAAGAGCCAAAAUGGAAACCAAAGGCGACGAUUUGCUCGAGAGUUUGCUCUCUUUGCCGACAAUCAGAGAGAAACAAAGCAAACAAAUGGGCGAAGAGAUACUGGAUCUGUUGUCGCGGCCGACGGCCAAAGAGCAGUCACUUGUGGAACAGUUCCGUUCGGUGGGCGGCGUUCAGGUGAAGGAGUUCUGUCCGCACGGAACCAAAGAGGAGUGCAUUAAAGCCAAUCAGACGCACAGCGCCUGUCGUCGGUUGCACUUCAAGAAAAUCAUUCAAAGACAUACCGACGAGUCGUUAGGCGACUGCUCUUUCCUCAACACAUGCUUUCACAUGGAUUCGUGUAAAUAUGUCCACUAUUUGGUCGACUAUUCCACCAGUCGUUCCGAUAAACAGUCCAAACCAGUGGACAGAGACCGGACUGUUGUGCACAGCACUGCUGACGCUGUGGGCGUCCCGCAGACCAAUAUCACAGCCAUUGAGAAACGUUACAAUUGCAUCCUAUUUCCCGCCCAAUGGAUCAAAUGCGACCUCAGGUUCUUCGAUAUGAGCACAUUAGGCAAGUUCUCGGUUGUGAUGGCGGACCCGCCCUGGGAUAUACACAUGGAAUUACCGUACGGAACGAUGUCCGACGACGAGAUGCGAAACUUGCAAAUACCGGCCCUUCAGGACGAGGGGAUGAUCUUCUUGUGGGUGACGGGACGGGCCAUGGAGUUGGGCAGAGAGUGUCUGAGUCUAUGGGGUUACGAGCGGUGCGAUGAGAUCAUAUGGGUU